AUGGAAACGAUGCUGCACAAGUUCGAGGAGGACCUGGAGUUGAGUAACUUCGAGCUGGCGGCGCUGAAGGCGCGGCACAUGGAGAAGGUCAGCCGGCUGAAGGUGGUGGAGGAGGAGAUCGUCAUCAGCGAGCAGCGCAACAAGAGCCUGCAGGUGCUCCGGGUGCUAGGCUCGGAUUCGGCUCGGAUUAGCCGGCUCAAGGUGGUGGAGGAGGAGAUCGUCAUCAGCGAGCAGCGCAACAAGAGCCUGCAGCUUGCACUGGCCGCUAUGGAGAAAGAAAUGGCCUCCUUUGAGUCUGGCCCCUCUCCCCCCUCCUUCCGCCCCACGCCUCUCUUUCUUCUAUUCUAUCCCUGUCAGCUUGCACUCGCUGCAAUGGAGAAGGAAAUGGCUUCCUUCGAGUCUGCCAAAGCCAAGAUGAGGAAAAAGAUGGAGGAGGAACAGGCGGCUAAGACCGAAGAAGCAAUCCGGGCAGCUUUGAAAGAUAUUGAGGACGGGCAGGUGGCUCCGCUGAAGGCUGAGGUCGAGUCUCUCAGGGCAGCCACGGAAGUUUUGACGGCUGAGCUGGGAGCUGCUCGGGCUGCCCUGGCGGCGAAAGAGGCGGAGCUGUUAGUUGCUGAUUCGGAGAAUGAGAAGGUUUGCGGGCAGCUGAGUGAGGAAGAGGCGAAUCACAAGGUGACACGUGGCGAGCUGGAGGAAGCGAAGGAAGAGGUGGAAAGGGCUCGGAAGGAGGCUGCAGAGGCGGAGAAGGUAAUGGAUGAACUUAAAGCGAAACACGAGGAGGCUUGUAGCGAGUUGGAGGGGCUACAUGGGAAGCAUAAAGGGACGUGUGAGGAGCUAGAAAAGCUUAAAGAGGAGAUAGAGUCUCUUAAGGGGGAGAACAAAGAGGUAACAGAGGAGUUGGGAACGGUUAAGGGGGAGUGGGAGGCCAGGGGGAAGGAAUUAGAGGUACUGGCGAAAGAGAAGGGGGAAAUGGAAGAGGAGAUGGAGGGUAUGAGAGGCAAGUGCGCGGAGCAAGGGCGGGAGCUGGAGCAACUGCAGCAGCUGCAUGAUAAAACGAAUAACGAGUUGCAUGAUAUGGAGGACGGAAACGAGAAACUGCAGAGGGAAGUGGAGGAGUUGAAGGGUGAAUUGGAAGGGUUGAGAGGAGAGAAAGGGGAGGCGGAUGAGGAGAUAGGGAAGUUGAAGGCGAGGGUUGAGGAGGCGGAGGUGGAGUUGGGGCAGUUGAAAGAGAGGGGAGAGGAGAGGGAGAGAGAGAUGGUGGUGUUGGAAGGGAGGAAUGAGGAGGCGAGGAGGGAGGCGGAGGAGUGGAAGGGGAAGCAUGAGGAGCUGGGGCAGGAGUUGGAGGAGGUGAGAAGGGAGAAAGAGGAGGAGUUGCGGGCUAAGGAGGAGGAGAUACGGGAGAAGGAGGAAGUAAUAAAGGCGAAGGAAGCAGCUGUUAGAGAAGCGUUGAAGGAAGGGGAGGAUUUGAGGGAGAAGGUGGCAGAGAGAGACGGGCAGGUGGGGGAAUUGCAGCAAAAAGGGGAAGAGCUACAGCAGAGGGCGGGGGAAUUGCAGCAAAGGGUGGACGAGCAGGGGAAGGAGAUUGAAGGUUUGAAGGGAGCGGUGGAGGAGGAGAGGAAAGGGAAGGGGGAGGUAGAGGCGGCUUUGGUGGCUGCUAAUGGGGAGGUGGGGGAACUGAGGGAGAGGAUUGAGGGGUUGGAGAGGGAGGUGGAAGAGGAGAGGACGGGGAAGAGUGUGGCUGAAGCGGCGCUUGUGGUUGCUACUGGGGAGGUGGGUGUUCUGGGGGAAACGGUGAGGGGUCUGGAGGAGAAGGUGAGGGGUUUAGAGGAGGAGGUGGAGAAGGAGAGAGGGGGGAGGGAGGAGAGUGGGAAGGAGCUUGAGAGUUUGAGAAAGGAGAAGGAUGAAUUGGUGAAGGAGAGAGAUGAGGUGAGGAGGGAGUUAGAAGAGGUGAGAGGGGAGAGGGAGGAGUUGCAUGAGAGGAUAGAGGAGAUGGAAGGGAGGAUGGAGGAGAUGGGGAUGGGGAGGGAGGCAGCGGAAUUAGAAAAGGCGGAAACAGAGAGAUUGCAGAAAGAGGAGAUUGCGGCAAGGGAGGCGGUUGAGAGUCAAUUGGCAGCAGCACAGGGAGAGUUGGAACAGAAGAUAAAGGAGGUAGAGGAGGUGACUAGAGCGAAGGGUUUGUUGGAAGAGGAGGUGAAGCAGGUGAAGGGGGAGUUGGAGGGAAGGGAGGAGGAAUUGGGGGAGCUGAAGGGGAAGCAUGAGGUGCUGACGUCAGAGCACCAAGCGCUGAUGUCAGAGCACGAGGAGCUGAAGUCAGCAAACGAAAAGCUGACGUCAGAAUGUGCUGCGCUGGCGGCAGCACAGGCAGCGCUGGCGGUUAAGCUUGAGGAGGUGACUAUAACGAAGGAAGGGUUGAUGAGUGAGCUUGAGGAGGAGAAGGAGGGGCGGGCGGCUGUAGCUGCUGAGCUGGCGGAUUCGAGUGCUGAGCUGGAAGCGCUGACUGCCACGCAUGAUUCGCUUAAGAAAGAUCACGAGGCACUGAAUGAGCGGUACAGUGCGAUGAAGAACGAUUUAGAGAGUAAGUCUGGGGAGGCAGGGGGGCUGGUGGAGGAAAUAAACAGGGUGAGGGAGGAAAGGGAUGAGGGGAAGAAGAGAGAGGAGGAGGGGAGAAAGAGAGAGGAGGAGGGGAGAAAGAGAGAGGAGGAGGGGAGAAAGAGAGAGGAGGAGGGAAAGAAAAGAGAAGAGGCGUUGACAUCUGAACUCGAGCAGGCACAUGGGACCGUUGAGGGGUUGAAAGGGGAGCUGGAAGGUUCCAAGAAGGAGAACGAAGUGCUCAUAGGGAAGCUCGCUGCUGCGGUUGCCGGCCUUGCAGCUGCCGAAGCUGCAACAGAGGCUCGGGAAGCGGAGCUCGCAGAGGUUCGGAGCGAUCUGGAAGGAGUGGCGAAGGAGAAAGGUGAGCGGGAGGAGGAAGUGGUGAAGGCGAAGGGGGAGAUAGAGGCUUUGGAGAAGGAAAGAGAGGGAUUGAAGGGAGAGACGGAGAGAUUGACCCAGGAGAAAGAGGCUCUUAUUGUCAGCCAUGCUGCUGCUCUGGCUGUGCUGGUUGCUGCCAAGGAGGGUGUGGAAGAAGAGGUGAAGAGAUGGCAGGAGAAGCAGGAGCAUGCAGUAAAGGAGUUGGAGGGAGUGAGGGAGGAGGCGGAAGAGAGGAGGAGGGAGGCGGAAGAGAGGAGGAGGGAGGCGGAAGAGAGGAGGAGGGAGGCGGAGGGGAAGGAGAAGGAGAUUCUGGCUCGGGCCGAAGCUGCGGAGCUGCGGGCGGGGGAGCUGGAGCAGGCUCGGGACGAGGCUGCGGCUGUGGUUGGGGAGACCCAGGCAGCUCUGGAUGCUGCUAAUGAAGAGAUUGUGACUGUAAAGGGGGAGCUGGAGAAAAAGGAGGGGGAGAGGAAGGAGCUAGAGGAGGCUUUAGCGAGGGAAAGGGCUGAGAAAGAAAAUCUGAGUGCAGAGAACGAGCGGCUUAAAGAGAAAGUGGAGACGCUUAUAGAGGGGAUGGAUGGGACCAAGCAUGGGCUGGCUGCUGAGGUGGACGCGCAUGAAAAGACAAGAGAGGAGCUGCAAGAGACAAAAAAUACUCUUGAGGAAGUGAGAGGAGAGCUAGAGGAAGUGAGGGGAGAGCUGGAGGGAGUGAGGAGGGAGUUGGAGGAGAGUGAGGAGGGGAGGAAGGAGGCUGAGGAGGAUUUGGAAGGGGCUCUUGCAGCUGAGGCUGCGGCUAGGGCGGAAGCGGCUGCUGCAUCGGCGGCAGCAGUGGCGACAGCAGCGGCUAAGGAUGGAGAGCUAGGAGAAAAAGAGCGGGAGAUGGGGCAGGUGAGGGAAGAGCUCGGGCAGGUGAAGGAAGAGCUUGGGCAGGUGAAGGGUGAUGUGGAACGGUUGACUGGAGAGGUUCGGGAGAAAGAGGAGAGGAUAGCGGGGCUUGAGGAAGAGUUGAAAGAGGCUCGGGCCAGUGCCGAGGCUAAAGAGGCUGCUGCGGCCGCGGCUGCUGCUGCUGCUGCGGCUGCGGCGGCUACUGCAGCUGCUGUGAGAGAAUCCGCUAAGAUGUCUGAAGGAGAGGCUCAGAAGAAGGUUCAAGAGCUUCUGGAAAAGCUGGAGGGUUUGGAGAAGGAGAGGAGGGAGGGGGAAGAGAGGGAGAAGGGGUUGAGGGAGGAGUUGGAGGGGGCUAAGGAAGCAGAGGAGGAGGCGAGAGAGGCUGCGAGGAUGGCAGCGAGUAGAGGGAGUGAGAUGGUGGUGGGGAUGGAAGGGGAGAUGGAGGGGUUGAGAGGGAGGUUGAAGGAGAGAGAGGAGGAGGUGGAGAGGGGUAAGGAGGAGUUGGAGAAGGUGAGAGGGGAGUGGGCGGCUGAUGUGGAGCGAUUGGGGAGAGAGAGGGAGGAGGCUGUUGGGGAGGUUGAGAGGGAAAGGGAGGAGCUGCGGAGUAAGAUGGAGCAGGAGAAGGGCGCUUUAGAGGAGCAGGUGAGGCAGCUUACAGAGAGGAUGGGCGAUUUGGAGGAAGGAAAGAGUGGAGCAGAGGCAGCUGGGAUGAAACUGGGUGGGAGGAUACAGGAGCUAGAGGAGGAAAGGGAUCGGCUAGAAGAGGAGAGAAAUAGGGUACAGGAGGAGAGGGAUGAGAUUGAGGAUGAGAGAGGUAGGCUGGAACGGGAGAAGGAGGUUCUGGAGGAGGAGAGGCAGGCGAUGGCAGUGCGGUUGGAGGGUCUGGAGAUGGGUAUGAGGGAGCUUGAGGGGACAGUGGCAGGGCUGGUUGGGGAGAGGGGGAGAAUGGAAGAGGAAUUGAGGAUGGAGGGGGAGAGAGUGAAAGAGCUUGAGGAAGAAUUGAGGAAGGAGAGGGAGAGGGUGAAGGAAUUGGAGGAGGCUGCGGAGACCAUGGGUAGAGAGGAAGAGGCCCGAGCGGCAGCAGAAAACGCGUUGUUGGAAGCUGGGAGAGAAAAGGAGGGUGGGGAAUUGGCUCGGGCCGAAGCUGCAGAGGCUGCAGAGGCAGCCCGAGCCGAGGCUAGACUAGCUGCGGAAGCAGCUCUUGCCGAAGCUGCUGAGGCUCGGGAACGUGCGGGCAAAGCGGAGGGGGAGUUGGAAGCGGUGCAGAGGGAGAUGGAGGGGUUGAGAGCUUCAGAAGCAGCAGCUAGGUCAGCAGCUGAAGAGGCCAAGACUGGGGGGUCGGUUCGUCUGGCGGCUAGUCUUUGGCGAGCUAGAGUGAACCAAGGAAGCUUGGAACGCAAAUGGAAGGAGGGUGAGGAGAAACGGAGGGCCAAGGAUGCUGCUGCUGCCGCUGCUGCGGCUGAGGCUGCGGCGGCGGCAGCAGUGGCAGCUGCUGCUGCAGAAGCGGAGAAGGACAGAGUGGUGGUGGAGAAGGGGAAGAUGGAGGCUGAGAUGUGUGCUAGGCUGGCUGCGGUUGAGGGAGAGUUGAAGACGGCGAAGGAUGGGGAAGGGGAGCUUCGGCUGCAGGUUCGGGCGCUUCGCCGAACCUUGGAUGCUCUGGAAGGCGAGGUUCGGAAGUGGAGGGAGGAGGCUCGGAUCCGGAAGAAGCGGGUUGAAGAGGAAGCGGCGGAUACUCUGAGGAAGUGGAGGGAGGCGUCUCUGGCCAUGGCGUCGGAGGGCGGGAUGCCGCCAACAGGGGGAGGUGGCAAGAAGGGCGGAGGCGGGUUCACUGCACAAUUUAGAGACGUCAGCUCGGGUGGAGGAGUACCGGCAUUCCCGGAGCCCCACAAGACGAAGGUCAACAAAGAUGCUCCUCCUGAGCCCGAGUCAACCAAGUGUGGAUGUGUCAUACUCUAA